GGGGAAGAAGAAACAAGGGCACAAACGCAAAUCCAGCCACCGGGGCCAUGGAGGAGCAGCAUCAAGCUCACAUAUGGAGCAGUCGCCGGGCUCUCGGGGUGGCUCGAGGCGGGCCUCGCUUGGUGGUCCGAAUUCGCUGGCGGUACACGACCGGAGCGGGCCGGACUUGCCCGCCUCGCUGCCCUCGCCGGCUCUUGGCCGGGCAUCAGGAACACACGGCAAUGCCGCCGCUUUGCUCGGCGUCGCUGAGGGCCACGAUGCCGACGCCGAGCUGCAGCAGGCUUCGGCUCCGGGGCUGCUGGGCACGCACGGCGGCGACCCCCCGGCCAUAUUACGUCACCUGGCCCGCGCCUCAUCAUCCACGAACUGGUUCGGGCCCGCUCGGUCGGCGGGUCUCUAUGCCGACGCCUAUGACGAGCUACUGGAGGGGCUGACAGGCGCCGACCUGCGCACCGCCACUCUGGUGGUGCAGGCGCUGCGAUCCCCCGAGGACCUGUCCCGCCUGCGGCGGCUGGCUGUGACGCACGGCUUCGUCAACGACCGCAUUCGGGCCGUGGUGUGGCCGCGGCUGCUGGGCAUCACGCCGCCGCCGGGCGGAGGCCUGACAUUGGCCCUGGCAAUGUCGCCCUCGCUGGCGCCCUCCACACCGGUGGCGGCAGCCGGCAGCACUGCAGCGGCGGCAGUGGCAGAGCUUGCGCCUGCGGUGGUGACGGAUAUAGGUGGUGACACAGGUGGAGACGGAGGAGCGGGCGCGGAGGAGCAGCGUCAGGGCAGCGAGGCGGAAGCGGGUGAGGACGGCGGAGCUGCGGGCUUGAGCUCGGGACAGGCGGCAGGCGGAGGCGAGGCGGCGGGGGCUGCGGGUGCGGAGGGGAUGGCAGCGGAGGCGUGCGGGUGGCAGAGUGCAGCAGCGCAGUCGCCAGCCUCGCCACGCGCGGCCUCCACGCCGCUGCCACUGCAGGCCGCGGAGCUCCCGGCGCCAUGCAGGACCGAGUCAGGAGCAUUGGCAGGGGGCGAUGGGGGCGCCGGCGAGUCGCCCAGGGGGCCCAGCAGCUGUGUGGGUGUGGGCGAGGCAGCGGCAGGGGAGGCAGACACGGCGCGGCGGAGAGACUCGUCGCCAGCAGCAGGAACAGCGGCCGGGGCACGGAGUGAGGACGCGGUCAGCAACGGGCGUGCUCACAACGGAGUGGCAGCGGGGUCAGGGUCGGAGUCGGGGGCUGCAGCUGCAGCCAAGGCGGCCCAGGCAGAACCUGGGUCCGAUUCCGCCCCCGCACCAGAACCAGGGCCCAGCUCAGACGCUGGAUCGGGUCCAGACGCAGAGCCUCAGUCCCCGCCGCGGCCUGUGUCGCUGCCGCCGAAGGAAGCCGCAGCCGCGGCGGCGGCCGGCGGCGAGCCGGAGUGGGACUGGGACUGGGAACGCUAUCUGCAGUGGUCGCAGGCGCCGCAUCGGGACGCGGGUGUGGUGGAGGUGGACGUGGCGCGGUCGCUGUGGAGCUUCGCCGCCGACGACGACCGCGAGGCGCGGCGGGCGCAGCUGAAGCGGCUGCUGAACGCGGUGGUGGGCGCACACGCAGGUGACGUGUACUAUUACCAAGGACUGCACGACGUGGCGGGGGUGCUGCUGCUGUCCAUGUCCGUGCCGGCAACCCGCCACCCCGACCCGCACCCCCACCACCACCACCAGUUGGCGGCGGGGGCCGCAGCGCACGAGCCGGGGGUGGCCACCGCGCCCGCCGGCCGCCGCCGCCGCGCCAAGUCGGAGCCGCAGCUGUCCGCUGCCUUCGCCUACGACACUGAGGGCCACCGCACCGCCCCCGCCUCCACAGCCGCCGCCUCCAGCCACGCACACCCUGACCCCAAUUCCGCCCACGACGCCGCCGGCUCCACCACCACCGCCACCACCACUGACGCCGCGGCGGCCGCCGCCGGCGAGCUGCUGGCGUUCGCGCUGCUGCAGCGGCUUGCCACCACGCACCUUCGCGACGCGACGCGGCCCACCCUGGAGCCUGUGGUGCAGCUGCUGGGGCUGGUGCCGCCGCUGGUGGCCGCCGCCGACCCCGCGCUGGGCCGCCACCUGGGCGCCUUAGGGCUACAGCCCUUCUUCGCGCUGUCCUGGUUUCUGACCUGGUGGGCGCACGAGCUGCACAGCCUGGCGCCCGCGGCGCGGCUCUUCGACUUCCUGCUGGCCUCCCACCCGCUCAUGCCGCUGUACCUGGGCGCCGUGGCCAUGCGUUCGCAGCGGGCGGCGCUGCUGGCGUGCGAGGAGAUGCCGGAGCUGCACUCGGCGCUGACCAACCUGCAGCUGGUGCCCGGUGGCGCCGACGGGGGCGGGGGCAGGCGCGGUGGGCAUGGAGGAGGGGCGGGGGCGGGCGGCGCCAAGGCACCACAGCUGCCGGCACUGGAGGAGCUGCUGCGGCAGGCGGAGGCGCUGUGGCGGGCCAAGCCGCCGCACGUGCUGCUGGCGGCGCUGAUGCAGCCCAGCCGGGGGCCGGGCGCACCCGGAGCGCCGGCCGUCAAGGGCGGAGGCGCUGGGCUGCGGCAGCGGCGCGGAGCGCUGCCAGCCGCUGGUGACAAGGCUGGCCGUGGCCGUGGAGGCGGCGCGGCGGCAGGAGAGGCGGAGCCAGGCGCCGGGCUUGUGCUGAGCGCCUGUGUGGCGCACGCGGCGCGCAUGGAGGGCGUGCCUGCGGUCUGGCAUGUGCCGCCUGAGCCGCCGCUGGAGUGGCCGGGGCCGGAGCUGCUAGGCGAGGUGGGCGGGCGCUCCGGCCUGGCGAGGCUGCUGGGCAGGGCGGGGACGGCGCUGGCAGGUCGCUCGCGCGGUGCGCUGUUCUCGACUGCGCUGCUGGCGGGUGUGUAUGUGGCGGCGGCGGUGGCCAUCGGCUAUGCCACCUUCACUCGCGCGACUGAGGGCGGCGGGAUGCAUUGAUGCGGGGCGAGUGUGGAGAAGGAGUGCGAUGAGACAGGGUGCCCGGCUAUGGCUGUAGCGCAGACAGGUUACCAACUUGGCAACAAUUGCUGACAAUUGCUCCUUGGGCUCCGCUGGGUAGGACGUCCACGGGCACGCUUGGGGCGAGUGCGCGGGGUUACAAGGUAUGCGGAGCAGGGCACCUGGCGACGCCUGGAACCGUGAAGCAAGGCGUGGCGUGCGUUCCACAUAAGUUAGAAAGGUUAGCAGAAGCUGGUUACGGCCACGGAUAUACUUGUCCUUGGAGUUGUCUGAGCACGCCGCUGUUCCAGGCGUAAGCCUAUUGGGUUGCUGCAAUCGGAGAGAGAGAGAGAGAGCGAAAUGCGGAAUGCACGGCACAUGUUGAAUAGUGUGCGUGCGCAAGGCGUUGACUCGAAGGAGGGUAGGCCGCCAAUUGCGGCAACGCACAGUAGGUGGGGUUUGGUAUGUAUGGCGAGUUCGCAGGGGCGGGGCUCGGCAAGAGCAUGCCGGUUUGGCAAAAGAGGCAGCUUAGGCUGCGGGGUCAAAAAAUAGAUAAACCUUCAUCCUGGGACAGCUCCAACUAACGCCCAACUAACGCCGAACGAACUCGUGCACGGCACCCCCACCCCCCUCAGCUGCGGUUGGGUGUCGGUAGCUGCCGCGGCUGGGAGCUGGUAGUUGUACGGUGGGCCGGCUGGGAAGCUGCCGAGCCUGGGGGCACGCACACAGGUCGUUGGCAUGAGUCGGGUAGCUGUACGGCUGGGAGCUGGAAGUUGCGCGGGAGACCGGCUGUGAAGCGACAUGAGUGCAUAGGUGUACGGCGGAGGUCAGGGGGUGGUGGCUGGCGGUUGGCGUGGCGCACGAGUGGGAGCUGGCAGUUGCAUGUGGUGCCGGCUGGGAAGCUGCGUGUGAGCUGCGUGUAAACUCAGAUGGGA